ACCUAGUUUAGGACGGGGGAAGGAGAGCCGUAAAGCGUUGUGUUGUGAUGAGAGAGGUCAUUGGAAAGUGAGCACAGAGCUACCUGGGCUGGUUCGGGGGACAUAAAGAUACUUUAUUGCUACCAGCUAUUCCGGUACCGGAGUAGAUCCAGCGGAAUCUAAAAGGUCUUUAGCGACUAAACUAACCAAGACGAAAUGCUUCGUCUCGUCCUGCGGCUGAGGAAUUCUUCAGCGAUUCCCCGGUGCCGUGGUGCCCUACCUGGGCCUGCCCUGAGCUCUCGCCCCUCUCCGGGACCUUGUCAUCUGAGGCUUUACCACGGUUUUGUCCGGUCAAGGGCUGUUUGCAAUGGAGGUAGUUUGAACACCGUGGUGUUCGCCAGCAGAACAGCCCAGCUGCCCGCCAGCGGCACCCAGCGCUUCUACAGCCUACCACCGCACCAGAAGGUGGAGCUGCCUGCUCUGUCUCCCACCAUGCAGACUGGAACCAUCGCUCGCUGGGAGAAGAAGGAGGGAGACAAGAUCAACGAGGGAGACCUUAUCGCUGAGGUGGAGACUGACAAGGCCACGGUGGGGUUUGAGCUGUUGGAGGACUGUUACCUGGCUAAGAUCCUGGUAGCUGAAGGAACUGGAGUUGCCGUGGGCUCUGUCAUCUGCAUCACUGUCGACAGUGCUGAUCUGAUCCCAGCCUUUAAGGACCUGACGUUGGACAAGCUGGCUGCUAGCUCCGCCCCUUCUGCGGCUGCCCCUCCCCCCCCCACUGCUGUCGCCCCUGGCAGCUCCCUACCACCCCACAUGAAGGUGUGUCUGCCAGCUCUGUCUCCUACCAUGACCAUGGGGACAGUGCAGCGUUGGGAGAAGAAGGUUGGAGAGAAACUCAGUGAAGGAGAUCUACUGGCGGAGAUAGAGACCGACAAGGCUACCAUCGGGUUUGAGGUGCAGGAGGAGGGUUACCUGGCGAAGAUCAUGGUGUCUGAGGGAACGCGUGACGUUCCUCUGGGCGCUCCUCUCUGCAUCAUCGUGGAGAAGGAGAGUGACAUCGCUGCCUUCAGUGACUACGUAGAGACAGCAGGGGCAGAUGUCUCCACCCCACCCCCUGCUCCUGCACCAGCACCGGUUGUAGCCCCCACUCCUGCAGCAGCUAGCCCAGCUCAUGUGGCCCCGGCAACCCCAAGGAAAGGGCGGGUCUUCGCCAGUCCGCUAGCCAAGAAGCUCGCUGCAGAGAAGGGCAUUGACCUGGCCCAGGUCAGCGGCUCUGGUCCUGAUGGUAGAGUCACCAGGAAAGACAUUGAGACUUUCGUCCCCCCCAAGGCUGUCCCCGCUGCUCCUGUUGCUGCAGCUCCUCCUUCCCCGGCUAGCCACGCCCCUACACCUGCCCCGGGUGUUGCCACGCCAACAGGCACCUUCACUGACGUUCCUAUCAGCAACAUCCGCAGGGUGAUAGCCCAGAGGUUGAUGCAGUCUAAACAGACCAUUCCCCACUACUACCUGUCUGUUGACGUCAACAUGGACCAAGUCCUGGAACUACGCACGGAGCUCAACGCUGAGGUAAAGGCCCAGAACAUCAAGCUGAGUGUGAAUGAUUUCAUCAUUAAAGCCAGCUCUCUGGCCUGCCUCAAGGUCCCGGAAGCCAACUCCCAAUGGCUCGACUCUGUCAUCCGACAGAACCAUGUGGUGGACGUGAGUGUGGCGGUGAGUACGCCCAACGGUCUGAUAACGCCCAUCGUGUUCAACGCCCACACCAAGGGACUGGCUGCUAUCAGCUCUGAUGUCUCAGCCCUGGCUGCCAAGGCCCGCGACGGGAAACUACAGCCACACGAGUUCCAGGGAGGCACGUUUACCAUCUCUAACCUGGGAAUGUUUGGCGUCAAGAACUUCUCAGCCAUCAUUAACCCUCCCCAGGCCUGUAUACUGGCAGUAGGGGGCUCAGAGAAGAGACUGCUGCCUGCUGACAAUGAGAAAGGGUUUGACGUGGCCAGCAUGAUGUCGGUGACGUUAAGUUGUGACCAUCGCGUGGUGGACGGAGCAGUCGGAGCUCAGUGGCUCGCAGAGUUCAGGAAGUUCCUGGAGAAGCCUGUCACCAUGCUGCUCUGAUUGGAUAACACCCUCACCAGUUCCACACUGUGGUUGGCUGGAGCCGUCGCCAAGCUGAUUGGUGGAAACCGUUCAUCAUGUUUCUGUGAUUGGCUGGCCCACCACAAGGACACUCCCCCUCCCCCUUAAAGGGGUGAGGCAGGACUCACUCCCCUCAGAAUAUGACACUUUUCCCUCUUCCUCUGUCUCUCACCCUCCAUAACUGUUGACAUAGUUAUUGACAUAGUUACAGUUUAGCCCCGUGGCUGUGAUGUCACUACAACAUGUUGUUUAUAAAGGUAACUGUUACAGUUGGGAGAAGAUACACUAGCCCAGCCCCUCUGAGCAGCCUGCUAUGUAGAACCAGUAUAGUCACACACUAGCCCAGCCCCUCUGAUCAGCCUGCUAUGUAGAACCAGUAUAGUUACACACUAGCCCAGCCCCUCUGAGCAGCCUGCUAUGUAGAACCAGUAUAGUCACACACUAGCCCAGCCCCUCUGAUCAGCCUGCUAUGUAGAACCAGUAUAGUCACACACUAGCCCAGCCCCUCUGAUCAGCCUGCUAUGUAGAACCAGUAUAGUCACACACUAGCCCAGCCCCUCUGAGCAGCCUGCUAUGUAGAACCAGUAUAGUUACACACUAGCCCAGCCCCUCUGAGCAGCCUGCUAUGUAGAACCAGUAUAGUUACACACUAGCCCAGCCCCUCUGAUCAGCCUGCUAUGUAGAACCAGUAUAGUCACACACUAGCCCAGCCCCUCUGAUCAGCCUGCUAUGUAGAACCAGUAUAGUUACACACUAGCCCAGCCCCUCUGAGCAGCCUGCUAUGUAGAACCAGUAUAGUCACACGCACUAGCCCAGCCCCUCUGAUCAGCCUGCUAUGUAGAACCAGUGUUGUUUAUGUAAAUACAUUGACAGGAGGUCCACAUCUCUGCUGGUUGUCUUCUCUCCAUGGUAGGUAAUUGAGCGAUUGAUGAAUGUCACUGAUUGGCCAGAGUUCAAUCGCCUAUAGCAGGUCUGAAUCAGUCCCUGAUUACAGAGGAAAGAUGACAACUAGCCGUGCUGCUGACCUCCAGGUAUGGAGCUGAGAACAGCUGAUCUAUCUUGUGAUGCUCUAUGAUCAGCUGAUCUAUCUUGUGAUGCUCUAUGAUCAGCUGAUCUAUCUUGUGAUGCUCUAUGAUCAGCUGAUCUAUCUUGUGAUGCUCUAUGAUAGGGGUCUCCAACAGGUCCAUCUACCAGUAGCUACCAGCCCACCUAUGAGUAGUUCAUCAAACAAUUCUGAAAGUACAUGCAAAGUACAUGCAAUUGUCAGUAUCAGACGCAGAAAGCUCCCAACUACUAUCUAAACAACACAACGUUGACAUUUAUCCCACCCCUGGUUAGCGACUAUUGGCUUCAAAAGCCAAACCUAACACAAUAUCUGGCAAUUAUUUUCCAGCGAUAUUGCCUCUGUCUGUGUGAUGUGCAUGUUUUUCUAUCACUCAGUGUGUAGCCAGUUGAUAUGAUAACCGUCUUGUGGUUUUACAGAAAUACUUUCGCCACAACCUUCUCAAUUAAAUGUUAACUGCAAAGUAGGCUUACCUGGCAGAAGCAUAUCAUGAGUAAGUACGUAAUUUGCAUCUGUUAUGUGUUAACUCUGCCAUGAACUGAGCAGCAGCUGUCCAGAACCAUCACUAGAUCAGCACAUUAGAUGGGACAUUCCUCACUCCCCGGAUUAACAAUUAAAGGGCCAGAUGCACACUUAAAGGGGAAUUACACCCCAGAAAGUCUACAUUUGUUCGUUUUCUUCCAGACGCCCAUAAAAUGGCUUUGUGUGAUUUUAAGUAUAGACCUCCACUGUGGGGCUCUAUAGGUCUUCUGAUGUGAUUUAAUGACCUGGACUCAGAACAUCCAUUAUGACACCUCUACUGUGGGGCUCUAUAGGUCUUCUGAUGUGAUUUAAUGACAUGGACUCAGAACAUUCAUUAUGACACCUCUACUGUGGGGCUCUAUAGGUCUUCUGAUGUGAUUUAAUGACCUGGACUCAGAACAUUCAUUAUGACACCUCUACUGUGGGGCUCUAUAGGCCUUCUGAUGUGAUUUAAUGACCUGGACUCAGAACAUUCAUUAUGACACCUCUACUGUGGGGCUCUAUAGGUCUUCUGAUGUGAUUCAAUGACAUUGACUCAAAACAUAAUGUCGUUGUUUCUCUAUUUAGGAGAGAAAAAAAAGAUUUUAUAGCCCCCCCUUAGAGUUGUUUAUGAAUGAACUGUUAUUUGACCAGGUAUAUUGACAGAACACAGUUCACUACUUUCUGAGUAGCAGGAAAGAGCAGAAUGUGCCUACAGUGAGGGGAAAAGUAUUUGAUCUGCUGCUGAUUGUGUACGUUUGCCCCACUGACAAAGACAUUAUCAGUCUAAUUUUAACGGUUUAUUUGAACAGUGAGAGACAGAAUAACAACAACAAAAAUCCAGAAAAAACGCAUCUCAAAAAUGUUAUAAAUUGAUUUGCAUUUUAAUGGGGGGGAUCAAAUAGUUUUUUCCCUCACUGUAUUUGAAAGCUAGAAAGAAAUGAGUAGCUGAAGACAUUUCUAGCUCUUAUGCUAGAAAAGGUUGGAGACCCCUGCUCUGUGAUCAGCUAAUCUAGGAUGGGUGGAGUCUUCAUUUACAGAGUGGGAGGGGCUUUAUUUAUGACAUCACCCCCUGACUAAGCACUCGGCCAAUCCCCUUCUUCCCCUGGACACGUUAUUAUUUUCUAAGCUGUUAACAAACAUUCUGAACAGGAAACGUUGUGUAUUUACAUGACAUCAUCUGAAAACAAGUGAAACGCACAAAGUGAAGCUGGAUGUACCGUUGCCAUGGGAAUUAUUGCUGAAUAAAUUGAGUCAAAAUUAGCUACUAUGGUGCUGUUGUGGAGAGUCCUAUAUUAAUAUAUAUAUUAAAGCUCUGUUAUAUGUAAUAUAUAUUAUACACUGAACAAAAAUAUAAAUGUGUUGAUCCCAUGUUUCAUGAGCUGAAAUAAAAGAUCCCAGAGAUGUUCCAUA